AUGAUGAGAUUGACAGGUUAGAGGUGGGGAUCUCAGAAAGAGGGUGUAUAUAAGGUACAUGUGGGGAGUCAGAGAUGGUAUGAGGCUUUUUGGAAACUUUUCCAAACCCACGAACACUUAGACUCUUCAGAGCGACCGCUGAUAACGACAAUGUCUGACUUUGACCUGGUUCUGAAAUGCUGGGGCCCAGUGGAGGCCGACUACACGGGCACCGGAGGAGAAGUUCUGACCCGAUUGUUCAAGGAGCACCCCGAGACUCAGAAACUAUUCCCCAAGUUUGCUGGAAUCGGUCAGGGGGAUUUGGCAGGAAACGCGGCCGUGGCUGCUCACGGCGCCACCGUGCUAAAAAAGCUUGCUGAACUUCUGAGAGCCAAGGGGGAUCAUGCUGCGGUCCUCAAACCUCUGGCCACCACCCACGCCAACACGCAUAAGAUCCCCCUCGUCAACUUCAAGCUUAUCACCGAAGCCCUGGUUAAGGUGAUGGCCGAGAGGGCCGGACUUGAUGGCGCUGGCCAGGCCGCUCUGAAAAGAGUGAUGGAGGUUGUCAUCAGUGACAUCGACAAAUACUACAAAGAAAUCGGAUAUGCUGGUUAAACGAGACCAAAACCUCAGCAGGGUUGUAGUACGCAGGAAAAUGGGAGCAUAUUAGCGCUUGACAUGUUAUUUGCAAAUAGAACGAAGCAAGCCAAUAACAUUUAAUUGCCUUAAAUUUGUCUACAAAAGUAAAACAAAUCACUUAUAUAGCUAUUCCUGUUUAUGUUUUUGGUUCUGAAUGAGGUCAAGUUUGAAUGUCACAAGAUCUUAAUGAUGAUGUCAUUGUAUUGUGGCUUUAAGGUGCGUUAGGGUCUCAGGAGGAUACGCCUAAACGUCUGUGAAAAUGACAUAUGUGCAUGUUAAUUUGUUUCGGAUUAACAGUGUAUAAUACCACCGUGAUUGAAAUGAUGACUGCAUUAAAAAAAGAAAGUGUACAAAUCAAAGCUUGUUUCUCUUUUAUUGAAGGACCAUUGCUUUUCUGCACGCUUCUUUAAUGUUUUUCACGAUUAUUUGUUAAUCAAAACGUAUCAAUAAACUUUGCAGUUACCUGCUGAAAAAAA